CGCGCUAGUUAGAUUUCGGCCUAAUCGGAACCAAUGCCGUUCUCCCAAACUCUCGAUCGUAUUAGGUGAAAGGAAAUUUCGGUCGCCAAGAAAUUGUUUGCUUGUGAUUUGUGAUUUCUACAAUGGAAGCAUAAGGGAGGAGUAUUGCAAACAAGAUCAAUGGAUUCACAAAAUCUACCUCCGAAGGUUUGAAAUUUUUCCCAGUUUGAUAAUUCCUUUAUCAGGUUUUUGUUGAGAUUUUAUUGCGAUUAUUGUUCCAUACUCCUGUUCGAUAUUUCGAUUGGGUGGGUUAGGUCAUGGGAAUCGAAUGUUUCUGUUUGUUUGUUGCGACUGUUUGGUGCGAAUCGAUCGAUUUCAACGAUUCUAGGGUUUUAUUUAGGGCUUUGUUAGCUAUUCAGGAGUAAUACAGCUAAUUACUUAAAGACGCGAUGUCGAAGGUGUGAAGAUUAUGAUGUCAGAGAGUCGGAAAAGAUGGAACUACAUGCUCAGGAUCGGCUUCAUCUGGAUCGUGAUUGAUAUGGUAAGUUCCGACGGGAGACACUGGAUCGAUCUCCGUGUCUUAGGAGAAGCUUGAGCCCUCACGGAAUUGAUGGCUCCCGACGCGAAGUAGGAUUUGGUUCAUAGGGUUGAUACCACUGAAAGGAGGGACGAGUAUUAUCAUCUGAGAACUGGAAGGAACAAUAUCUUCGGGUCAAGCGAGGAAUGCUCAAAUAAGAGGAAGUAUUCCUGCACAAUGAUCACAGGCAGCUUUCGGAUUCGCAGCACACAUGUUUUACCCGAGCCAAGGAAAUUUUCUGCUGUCAACAAAGUUGUAGAUUAUAAGCAUGACGUUCGGUAUAGGCAUGAUGAUUCAAGAAUUAGGAACGAAAGCGAAAUUAUUGAAGGGAGAUGUUCAAAUGGCCGUGGAAGGAUGACGGAUCAGAAAAUUUAGGCUUUAGAAAAGAGCACGCAAUGGAUAUCGGUCCGACAUCAAUUUAUAAAGACUUCUUACCAUCUUCCCUUGAUGUGCGAAUUCUUGACAAUGAAGGACUCAACUUUUGAAACCACGUAGUUUCAGAUAAACCUCAAGUCUCACGUUCACUUAAAUUUGAAGAAAGCUGGAGGUUUAAUUUAAGGAAUAUUGGAUAUUCUGCCGAGGAAAUGAGAGCUCUUCGUCAGGACACUGUAAUAUGGGUUCCUGAGGUCUUGCCAAAGGAAAAGGCAGUGGUUCACAAGGAGGAUCUUGUCAUCUGGCCUCCUGUUAUUAUCGUCUGCAACAUUUUUCUGUCACACAGCAAUCCCGAUAAGCGGAGAGUUGUAACGAUUGAAGCUCUCGAGUCUUUCUUAAGAAGUAAAAAUCUGCUAAGGGGAAGAGUGAAGAUGAAUUUGAGGGUGUCCUGCAGAUCGAAGUGUAAUGGUGUUGAAGUUCCUGUUCUGGUUGACGAAUGCAGAAAGACUCGACAAUGCUUUUCUGAAAGGAGAGGUGGAAGAGUGAGUUUUGAGUUGGCUGGCAAAGUGCAAAAAUGGCGAAGGUAAUGAUUCGAAAUCCAAGUGCCAAUGUUGUUUUCCAGGGGAAUAUUGUGAUAUUGGAAGGAGAAAAUACGAUGUCGAAAAAUCCGUCUAUGAGCGAAACCAUUUUACGGUGCUCCUCACAACAUUUCUCAAACACAAUGUCGAAAAAUAUCAACCGCAACUCAGUCUAUGUUUUCUCCCACGAGGGGAGUGAUAAUGGGGGGAAACAAAAAGGAAGAGGAAAUAUACUUGGGAAUUGCAGAGGAUUUGGAUGGCGUUGAGUUCAAUGCAAAAGGAAGUUGAGUAUGAUAAAGAGCAGCUCAGAAAGGAAAUUGUGUAGUUGUAAAAUGCUCCCUCCUUUCAGGACAUUUAUAAUUAGCAUUUGUCAAAAAGUGGUAAUCAAGCCGUUGCAGACGGAUAGACCAUGGAGAACUUGAAUGUGCUAUUCUUUGUCAGAAGCUUUGGACGGAGCGGGACCUGCUUAACAAAAGGAAGGAAGAGGAAGAAGAGACAAUCCCGAACAGACAGCAGGGAAGG